AUGGCCCGCGCGAAACGCAAACGCGACAACAACAACAACCACAACAACGACGACGACGACAAGCGCUUCGCAGACCCGUACUUGCUCACGACGCGGCCGUGUCGCUUUGCGGACCACCACCGCCGCAACGCAGCGCGGGGCAAGAACGCGGGCGUACUGCGCAACUGUAGCGACAACCCGAACUGUCUAUACGGCCUGGGCGAGUACCAAGCGGGCGUGUGGCAGACGCCACAGCUCCUUCAGCGGGUGUUUGGCGACGACCCGCGGGUCCGACAGCGCAAAUGGGUCAACCAGACGUUGCAGCCGGUCGGGUUACGGAAUCUGGGCGCCACGUGCUACUUGAACAGCCUGUUGCAGUGUUUGUUCGCCAACUUGAGGCUGCGGAACGCUGUGUACGAGUGGGAGCCACGAAAUGAGCAACGAAACCAAGAACAGACGCUCCAGAUGACGGCGUUGCAGAACCUCUUUGCUCAAAUGCAAUUGGGCAAUGAGAGCUGCUAUGACCCUACCGAGUUUACGUCCACGUUGUUGCUGAACAAUGUCAUGCAGCAAGAUGCACAGGAAUUUAGCAAGUUGCUUCUGACGCACUUGCGCACAAUCUUUCGACAAUCCAAAUUGCCGAGGCAGUGGGACUUGGUCGAUCAAAUCUUCCAAGGGCAAAUGAGUUAUGUGACCAAGUGUUUAAAUUGCAAGCACAAAUCCAUGCGGCCGUCUUCGUAUUACGAAAUAUCGCUGAACAUCAAGGGGCAUAAGAGCGUUGAGGACUGCAUCCGAUCCUAUCUAGCAGCAGAGGUGCUGGAAGGAGAGAAUAAGUAUUUCUGCGAACAAUGCAACACAAAGCAGUGUGCUGAGCGCUUUCUGGAGCUGAAUCCACGAGCACUGCCGGCAACGUUAAUGGUUCAGCUCAUGCGAUUCGUCUACGACGCGAAUGCCGGACGGAAGAAAAAGUUGACGGAUGCUAUUGAAGCUGACGUGACCCUGAACCUGACCGAAUUGCUGCGUCGCAAUGGUCAGACAGAGGCGUUUGACGAAUCUGCCGAUGUUGUCUACCGUUUACAAGGCUAUUUGAAUCAUCGAGGUAAAAGCGCGCACGUUGGGCAUUACACUGCUUCCGUAGCCUACCCUGUCGAACGGAUGCAUAGCGACGACAGUGAAUCUGUGAUGGAGUGGUUCGAAUUUGAUGAUGCAGUGGUGAGCAAUAUGACCAAGUCAGAAACGAUAAAAGUGCACAGUCAUGGUGCGAAAAUAUGCUCGCGAGAUAUCUACAUGCUUGUUUAUGUUCGAGAUGAUCCAGCAAGUACUAAUUGUGGCCGCCCUAGUGGUACGAACGAGAUUCCGUUGCCUUCCAAAAGGUGCCGAAACGAAGUGGAAGUACUCAAUGCAUCUUUCAGUGCUGAGGUAACUGAGUACGUUCGUAAAGUGAGUGGAAUGGAGGCUCGCAUUCAGGAGCGACUCGACGCGUAUAAACGUUUUUUUGAAGAAAACGAGCCUUUUCCAGGCAUGUCCGAAUCUUCAUUUUACUGGGUGGACACUGAAUGGUUACGUUGCUGGGUGACGGGGGAAAAGCUAGACCAUUCGGUUAGUAUGUUGUCUAUUUCGCCACGCAAUGCAUCUAACAUUGAAGCAUCGUCGAAUCAGCAAGUGCUAAACUCAAGCACAUCCGGCAAACGAGGAGGUAAAGAUAGUGACAACAACGAAUGCGUUAUCGUUGAUCCAUCUUACGUAGAUGCUGCGCCAUCGGGCGAGAAGAGUGACGGUGAAUGCAUUCUAUAUUGCCCGGACACCAGAAAAGUAAGUUGUGCUCGCUUCCACGACGAUGACGUGACAUUUUUUGGACAGACGCCUUUGUCGUAUUAUUCUCGUCUGGAUUCCAAUGAUGCAGAUGCCAAAGCGAGAACGGCUCGGGCAGGCGAGUUGCGUGGUGACGACAUACCUUUCACGGAGCCAAUUGAUGUGGGAUCUAUUUGCUGUGCGCACUCCUGUGAUGUCGACCUUGGCGCAAGGUGCCAUGAGAAGAAGCCUACCUCCCCUGUUCUUCGAUUCGCACCCGAAAAUGCGCAUAGGCUGAAGCGCAUAUCGGCCAAUUUGUAUGCUUACAUCAAGGAAAACGGUGGCGUCACACCAUGGUCAGCCCGUGGGGGCCACGCGCAUACGAGAGUAUUUGAAGCCGCUUCCUAUCGAUGCACCAUUUGUGAAAAUGAGUUCAAGAACAAGCUCUCGAAGCAUUCCGGUCGCUUGCAUCGAGUUGAUGAGGAGCUUGUGCUGCUGAAGGACAUUCCUCCAAGUGCGACGGCUGCAUAUGCUGCUGGAAAUGCUUACUUGAUGAGCCGAGCGUGGUUAAGAAGUUAUAAAAGUCAUCUUCAGAUGUUACGUAAAGAGCUCACGCAUGCAGUUUUGAAAAACAAGAGAGGAAAAGUGCCGGUUCAUCCAGAGCUGAAUGUCUUUUAUGCGGCCCAAAGAGAUGGAAGCGUUGAUGGCAGUAGUGGGUCGAGUGGAGCUUGCGACAAAACGGAAGUGUGGCGAAACCCGAUCAACAAAGAUAUCACGUGUCUGCAUGGCAAUCUUACAUUGGAAAAGCGAUCAUACCGACCGGUAUCGGCGGAAACGUGGGCACACUUUAGCAGUAAAUAUCCAUGCCAUGCCGUGUACGAUGCAUCAACGACUGACCCAUGUCUGCAAUGCCAGAUCGACGACAUGAGUAGUAAGAAGUGCAUUGAGGUGGAGCGUGGUGUGCGUGACGAGAUAAUGUCAGUUACUGCUUUGGAGUCUUUGUUUCGCCGCAAAACCGAAAGGGGGACUAUUCGACUAAGCGAUGUGUUCGACAAGUCCGAUGCUCAAGACUGCAGAGGAUCCGAGAAGGCGUCGCUAUCGGUACAACAAGGCGAAAAGAGGCUACCAAGGCCGAUGUUUUUAGUGUCUCGAAGCUGGUUAACACAGUGGAGAAAGUACAUUCGCAGCGUAGAUGAGACCCUGCCAUCGAAGCUGACGUCGUCGUGUCCGCAGUGCAUGCACCAGAAACUGGUACUAUCCCCAGGCUUGCUGACAGCACAAGAGGGACAAGUCGUCGAUGUGAGCUCGUUAGAUGUGGAGUUCGUGUCUAUGGGUGAAAUGCAAGCUUUGGCUGAGCGUUAUGGCGCCCCUGCGAUGCCGUUGUAUUACGGCCUUCUCGUUGCUACUACCGUUCCAGAGUCCGGGGAAGAGGCAUCUCAUGUGGUUUGGCGAAAGUGCUCGCUAGCCUCUCUGCAGCUUGAUAGUGAGCGACAUGUGAGCAGUGAUGGUCGUCUUGACGGUACUAUGCCCCUGGUCAGCCAAGAAGCGAUGGACAAUACUGUAAUCUGCGCGGAAUGUCAGGCAAGCUCAAACGAAAGAUACCGCGACGAGCUUGUCAAUUUCAUAAAUUGUGUUGUGAACAUUCAGCAACUAGACGACAGUCAGGUUGUCCCAACAAGGGAGAAUUUGACGCUGGAUGAGAAAGCGUGUGGUCGACGACGUUCCAGGCGUGCUCGUCCAGGUUCAGCGUGGACAAGGCCAAUAACAGCUAACGCCACAGAUACCGUGUACAUGCUGAAGGCGAAAAUUUACGCUGAAAUCGAUGCGCUUCCCAUGUGUCAACGUUUGUACUACAGGGGUGCUGCUCUGGAAAAUUGUCGUACGCUCAAAGAGUUGGGGAUUAAAGCAGGAGACGCUGUGUUCAUGCGGGUGUCCGAAGAUGCUGCCGAUGAUCUCGUGGUGGACGAUAGUCAAGAGCGUGAGGUGGGCUUUGUGAAUUCCGUCUUUCACUCGCACCCAUCCAUAGGCAGUGAUGCUUCGUCUAUAUCUGCGGCUUGUGAAGAUCGAGCUUUGGCCAUGCGAGGCGGUCACAGAACCCGUGUGUGGGUAUGUCCUGCCUGUACAUAUGUCAACGACGACACAGACAUAGUUUGCGAAAUUUGCUCUGCGACUAGGAACGACAAAUCGGAUCAUCAUGGCAAAUGA